UCCAUGCCCAUGCGUACAGCAUCGAGAGCAUGACAACGUUUCCGAAUGGCUGUGGAAAUGGCACCACCAUUACUUGUAUAGUUAUGGAUAAUAAAGAGCCCCAAAACCAGACGACCUGUGUCAGUCAUAAUGGGGGAUACAGGACCAGCAACAGUCAUGAGGAGGAAAGUCAAGAGGAUAAGCUUAGCCCUUCCAAAAUCAUGCGCUUUUUCACCGCUCCUCGGACACGGGCUAAUUCCAGCUCUGACAGGCCUCGUUCUCUGGUUUUGAUGGGCAGCUCAUCCACGUGGAAUGCUUUGUCUUCCAUCAGAAAAAUGGGAUCUUUCAAGAAGUUGAAAUCUUCAGUUCUCCAAGGAAUUCAAACCAGGGAAUGCUCGGACAUCUUAAAUGAGAACGGUGUAGGCAAACAUGGUUCAAAUGGGGCAGUGGUGAGAGUUCAGACGAACAGGUAUUCCUAUUCGGGGCCUCUACAUGAUUUCCAAAACACAGUGGAUGGUUUAGCUUCUGACUGCUCUGAUGCGGAGGAGAGCGAUGAGUCUUUCCUGAGGAAUACUCAUCGCUCACGCAGCAUCAGGCGGGCUUAUGGUGCUGGGCGCAUAAACUUGCUAGACACGGAUAAAGUUCAGAGUCAUCACAACUGUACUAGGCCAACAUCACCUGUCAUCGCAGAGCCAAAGAUGUGUGAAAUUUUGGUGAAAGACUCUGAAAACAACAGGAUCAUUUAUCGGAGAAGCAAAAGUUCGGAUAAUUUGAACUUUCUGAAAAAAAGCUCAUUCAAACGGAAGUCCACCUCAAACCUCACCGACCUCAAGGUUGCAAAUGAAAAACAGAUGCCAGCAAGGACUGUGAGUGUUACUUCUGCUGACUCGGACAAAACCAGUGGGAACCCCGAGAGGAGAUCCAAGCGAUGGAAGAGCCCUAUCAGGGCAAAGGAUUUUGACCGAGUUUUGAAACUUGUCAGUAAUGUUACAGAUGUUGCAUGGAAGAAGGAUGGCCCUAAAAGCGCCGCUCCUUCUCCCAGUGAGCAGUCCCAGAGAACAAGGUCAAACAGCAGACUGCACGAUGACUACUCCCGCAGGGUUUCCAGCAGCACGGAUCAUGACAGAAAGAGAUGCACUUCCCCGGUAUCUAGUCCAGACUCUUCCUUUCCGGGAACACCUUGUCUGCAAAGCCCCACAGUUGCUCAGGAUAAAGAGGCUGAAAUGAAUGUAGCUGUUGCUGAAGACAAAAGCCUCAGGACGUCGUCAGGUAUCCCAGACUCUGAUAGCUUAUCACCCACGCUGAAUGACAUUAGUCCAUUUCCCAACGAAGUGUUUUAUUCGGACUCGGAUGAACCAAAAGCUACCCAGCAGUUUACAUGUGAAGCUGAAAACCCUCACGUUCCAGUCAGGCCGACUACUCCAAAGCCUCAAAGUCCCACUGCAGAGAAGGUCAAGUGCAAUAUGAAUUUCCAGUGCCCAAACCAUCACAGCACAUUGUCACUGAGCUCAUCGGAGAGCGAGGAGAGAGUCGAGGUACCAGGGCUGAAGCUGGGCAAGAAUCCUGUUUGCUUCCAGGACUCGGUGCAAACUGUGUACUAUGAUGAUGGAAAUGAAGACAGUGGCAUAAGCAGCCACUCUCAGCUGAGCCUCAAUUUAGCCUCUGGAGCUGAAGAGAAAAAGGAAGAGAUAAGGGUUGUUUCUGAUGACCACUGGAAGAGGUCCCCAUCCCACGAUGAAGAAAAGACAGACACACAAAAGGUCACACCCAGGAGAUGGGGCUCUGGAAAAAGAUCUCGUCCCAGACCUCUCUCAGACUAUGGCCAAAUAUCGAUCAGAAGCUUCUCUAUACCAGAAGAUGCAGUUGCGGUGGAAUCUCAGAAGACAGACUGCACGGAUGGAGAAAAUCAGCCAGGACUGGCUUCUGUCGGGUCUGUGAUCCAAAGCAAUACAGUAGGCUACCACAGAGGGCGAAAAAGAAGACCCAUCUCCGUAAUAGGUGGGGUCAAUUUCUAUGGAAGCGGUCCAGCAGAAGAGAUAGAAGGUCUGCUGACACAACCUGUAACACGUCCACCUGUUCCAGCGCACCAGGUACCCCCUUACAAAGCUGUUUCAGCCAGGUUCCGGCCCCUCACCUUUUCACAAAGUACCCCCAUCGGCCUGGACCGGGUUGGACGAAGGCGGCAGAUGAGAACAUCUAACGUUGCUGCAGAUGGUGGGACUGAAUCUUCAGCCUUAGUGGAUGACAAUGGCAGUGAGGAAGAUUACAGUUACGAGGAGCUCUGCCAAGCCACUCCCAGGUACCUGCAGCCCGGAGGGGAACAGCUAGCAAUUAAUGAGCUGAUAAGCGAUGGCAGCAUUGUCUACGCAGAAGCUCUCUGGGACCAUGUGACUAUGGAUGAUCAAGAGCUGGGCUUCAAAGCUGGAGAUGUCAUUAGAGUUCUAGAAGCUUCCAACAAAGACUGGUGGUGGGGAAGAAACGAGGACAAGGAAGCCUGGUUUCCAGCUAGCUUUGUCAGGCUGCGAGUUAAUCAGGAAGAAGUGCCAGAAAAUUGUAGUAGUAUCCAGGAUGAAGAACAAGAUGCAGAUAUUAGCAAACAUCGUCAGAAAAUAGCUGAAAACAAGGAUCAGAUGAGAACCAACGUUAUACAGGAAAUUAUGAACACAGAACGAGUCUAUAUCAAGCAUCUCAAGGACAUCUGUGAGGGUUAUAUUCGGCAGUGUCGCAAACAUACAGGAAUGUUCACCACAGCUCAGUUAAGCACCAUUUUUGGAAAUAUUGAAGAUAUUUACAAGUUCCAAAGGAAGUUUCUGAAGGAUCUUGAGAAACAGUACAACAAAGAGGAACCUCAUCUAAGUGAAAUAGGGUCAUGUUUUCUUCAACAUCAAGAAGGCUUUGCUAUUUAUUCAGAGUAUUGCAACAAUCAUCCCAGUGCCUGCAUUGAACUUUCCAAACUAAUGAAACAGGGCAAAUACCGUCACUUCUUUGAGGCCUGUCGCUUGCUUCAGCAGAUGAUUGACAUUGCCAUUGAUGGUUUUCUUCUCACGCCCGUUCAGAAAAUCUGCAAAUACCCUCUGCAGCUUGCAGAAUUGCUCAAAUACACCACUCAGGAGCACAGUGAUUAUAACAACAUAAAAGCUGCAUAUGAGGCUAUGAAGAAUGUAGCAUGCCUGAUCAAUGAGCGAAAACGAAGACUAGAAAGCAUAGACAAGAUUGCACGUUGGCAAGUCUCUAUUGUAGACUGGGAGGGACCAGAUGUGUUGGCCAGAAGCUCAGAACUGAUCCACUCAGGAGAACUGACCAAAAUAUCAAAGCAAGGCAAAAGCCAGCAGAGGACUUUCUUCCUUUUUGACCAUCAGCUUGUGUUCUGUAAGAAGGACUUACUGAGAAGGGACAUCUUGUAUUAUAAGGAUCGUAUUGACAUGGAUGAGAUGGAAAUUGUGGACACUGAAGAUGGCAGAGACAAAGACUUUAACAUUAAUGUCAAGAAUGCUUUUAAGAUAAUAAACAGAGCAACAGAAGAGAUUCAUUUGUUCUGUGCAAAAAAACAGGGGGAUAAAAAGAGAUGGAUGGAGGCUUGUGAAAGUGAAAGGAGAAGAGUUCAGGAAGACAAGGAAAUGGGAAUGGAAAUCUCAGAAAACCAGAAGAAACAAGCCAUGCAGAAUGCCCGUAAGUCAAGGCAUGGAAAAAUUAAAGGUAGCUAUAACGGGUGUCCUGUGCCUCCUCCACACCAAAGCCUGCAUCCUAUUCAUCAGCGCCACAUCACUGUGCCUACCAGCAUCCCGCAGCAGCAGGUUUUUGCCCUGGCAGAACCCAAGCGGAAGCCAUCCCUCUUCUGGCAUACCUUCAACAAACUCACCCCCUUUAAAAAGUGA